AUAGAAAAUGAGACAAAAAUUACUAAAACUUCGAGAAGAAAUGGAUGAAUAUAUUGAAAAGUUAGAAUAGUAAACGAAAGAUAUUAAAACAAAUAAAGUAAAUUAUUUAGAAGAAAUCAAUUAUCAAAUGGACACUUUAAAUUACUAUCCUCCAGAUGAGUUAAUAAAUUAAUCAUAUUUGAAAAUAUUGAAUUCAAGAUUAGUUCCAUGUCCAAAUCCAUCUGCUAAGAAAGUCUUUGAAUGCAAUGAUGAUCAAAAUAUUGAAGAAGAAUCUAAUUAAGUGCUAACAACUUAUGAAUAUUUUAAAUUAAGACCAUAAUAAGGGCUUGCAUAUUCAAUAGGUGAUAGAUUACCUUAACCGAUGAAAAAAAUUCGAUAAAAUUUUGAAGAAUAACCAACUGAAAUAAGAAACUAAACUUAAGUUUUAUGUGUAUGUUUUAAAGAAUUAUACGGGGAAAGCAAUUUAGCAUAAUGGUAAAUUAUAACCGGACAAAAAAGAAUCUUUGCUUUUGAUAUGAAAUAACCCUAUGAUAUGAUGUAUUCUUUAUCAGGAGAAGGUUCACUACCUUGGGAACCUCCUUCAUCUUAGUAAAUAUUUAUAAAUAAAUUUUAGUUCGAGUGUUCAAGAAUGA